GAAAGAUUGCUUUAUCUUGGGCAAUUUGACAUUUUAGGUUACAAAUAAUAACUAGUAUACUGGCGUUGCUUAUUAAUCCAGAGAAUUCAGUCGAGAUCAGACAUGGAGUUCGGAAAAGAUCAGGACAAUGAAUCAAACAUUGACCAAGACUACAGUAACCAAAGAAAGAAAAUCGUCAAUAUCUAUAACAACAUAAAACGUGAACUCAUUUUUGAAUACUUCACUGGGAUUUACCGAUUUCAACUCAUCGACGGCGAGCUUCGUACCCCAAAUUGGAAAUUGAAGGCAUUAGGAAUUCUCAUCGUUUCAAUCUACACUGCUGCUUUCAUCUGGUUCAUAAUUCCAGAUCCUUCAGACUGUAUUACUGGACUACAUCUUUUCUUAAACAAUAUUGACGAUUUCCCUUGUAUUGUUGUACUCAUUCAAUACAUCGCUUCGAUGAUAACUUGCAAUUUUCUCAUGAACUCGAAGAACAUUCGUUCAAUCACGUUGCUUGGAGAAGUGGAUACUAUACUCCAGGUAGAAAAAAUCGAAGACUUUUACAAGAAAAUAGAAUCUAAACUGAAUAAGUACUUGAUUCUUUUGAUUUUAACUCAUUUCAUACACGGCGUUUUGGAUGUGUUUAGCUCGGAUGAUAUUGUAUGGGAAAUGACAAUUUUGCCACUAUAUUUAAACCAAAAAAUAGUUGUGUUAAUAUUUUGUUCCUAUGUUAUCAUGCUGAACAGUAGAUUGAGGCUCAUUAAUAGCUACUUGAGAGAAUUCAUUCAAGAGCAAGAUAAGAGAAGCGUUCCAGUUUUCACAGUCAGGGACACAAAAACGAAGAAUGAGAAAACUUUGAAUUUCAUUGGACGUCCCUCAAUACGAAAUACUAAAAUAAGAGAUCUGGCAACAACGUAUGACAUCAUGGGAGAAAUAUGUUUCAUGGUAAAUGAAAUAUUUAACUUCCAGAUCUUUAUAUCCCUUGUGACUACAUUUACGUUUAUAGUCAUUACUAUUUGGACAUCCCUGAACGUGUACCGUAAACCAGAUUAUCAGUCCAGUCAGCUGAUAAACGUGUUGAUUUGGUGUAUGAAUAUGAUAUGUAAUGUCGCAGCCAUGUCAUUUGCUUGUGAACGACUUCUUGUACUACGUAAUGAGACAAGAAUACUUGUGAAUAAGAUAAUAAUGAAUUACAACCUGCCAAAGACGAUGAGAGUGCAAGCUAAAGCAUUCAUGGAACUCGUGGAGGCCUGGCCGCUACGUAUCUAUGUAUACGAUAUGUUCUCCAUAGAUAUCACACUCAUGUUGAAGUUUAUAAGUGUGGCGACAACCUAUUUAAUUGUACUUAUACAAAUAUCUCACUUUAUCUAAGCUACACAGUCAGAAUUAUUUUAUUUUUGAAACUUUGAAACCUUUCAACGUGAAUAUUUCUGUUAUAUAUUACACAUGUACAAGUUUCAAAAAAAUAGCAGAGGUGUAUGUUAACCCACUGUUUUAAUCACUCUGUAUUUUCUCAUCCGUCUUAUUGUGUAUAGAUAAAAUAUUACUGAUACCUACGUUGUUUCUUAAUACAUACCUUAUUUCAUAAUUAAAAUCGUUGUCACGUGUGUAAUAAAAUUCGUG